AUGUCUCUGGUUCGGGUGGUUGGCUCUAAUUACUGCAUGUACACAGUAAAUUCCCCUAUAUUUGGUCUCGAUGAUGAUUUAAGCGCGUUUCUGAAUGAGUUCGUCAUUGUUGGAAGUCCACGGUUUUCGGACUUUGCACAUUUAUGGAAGAAGAUGAGAUUUAUUGAACUGAUUUAUGGACGCCGAACACAAUCUGCUCUCAAAGAUAUUUUAGAAGGCAUUUUCUUCUAUCUUACAAAGAAUUUUACGGAUCCGUCUGAUCUCCUAAAGAUAGGUUCAUUAUACAUCAUAUACGCAUUCUAUGGGAAACAACCCAUUGAUAAACUGGCUAGGGUCAACGUCACUCCUAGUACGUGGAAUGCACUUUCAGUUUUCACGAAACGCCUUGCAGCAGAUCAUCAGUGGGAUGCGUACUAUAUUUUUCGUCGACUCUGUGUGCAAAGUGCCUUUCGCUUUGUCGCGAACGAAGAAGAACUAUACCCUGGUGUCCCGCUUUACACAAGGUCGAACGUUUCCCUACCGACUCGCAGAACAUUUCUCACCAAAGUGCAAAGAAAACUCCUUACUAUUGCCAAUAAAGGAAAGCAUGUGCGAUCUAAUCAGCCAACUAUGUUGCCUCCUCGGUUCCUUGAAUUCUCAGAACACUUGAACACAAAUUGGAAUGCUAUACUCAUGGCUGUUAAUAAAUAUAUCGAGACCAAAGAUAGAGUCAGUAAAGUUCCGGGACCAUCGAACGUUGGAGAUCGUGUUGUAGGUGUAUUGGAGGAUAGUCUUUUGUGGAGUUUGAACUUGGUCAACUAUAAGGAGUCAGUCGCCCCAAUCUCUAAUGUACUGAAACAGUUUUUGGAUGAAAUGAAUCAGUCAACUGAAAAUUUCACCGAGGUGGCUGAAGAAGUGAAGUCAAAUUCUGACGAUAUUGGCAAAAGGCGUAGGCAGCUACGCAACGCGAAGAACUGGCCAGCAACAAAUCGGAAAAAACUGCCUAUUCCCAUGUCUCUAAACGGAUCAUGCCGCGCAUCACCUCGGUUAAUGCCUCGUUUCCGUUCGUCAUUUGAGACUGGUACGGGCCCUUUCUUCGAACCGGGAUCAAAUGGAGCAAAUUUGAAUGUGUCAGUGGACGCCGAGCUCCUGGAACAUUACCGUCGAAAGGUCGCCGCACUUGCAGCCGACAGCGACAACUUCCAGCGCCAACUAGAUCAGAUCACCGAGGCCAUCGAUCAGCAGCACACCCUGCGCAAGCAGCUUCGAGAGAGCGAAGAAACUGUCCAAAAACUACAGAAUCAGCUUUCAAAGAUGCGGGUACUUCUGCAUGCCGAGCGGCAUCGCGUGCUACGACUUUAUGCAGAGAACGAUAGACUGAAGCUAUGCGAGCUGGAAGACUGCUGGAGGAUGGAACAUCUGCCGUGGCUAACUCCUCUGUCCCCCACAGAAGACGGCACUACGCUGCGGCCUCUGCAAAACGUCGUGGAGUGGAUCGCCACUGGCACAACCUUCCUGCGCGAGCCUCUCAAGGCACACAGUGAUAAGCAGUUACCCAAACUAACUUCGAAUGCAAGCUAUGGAGCUGUAGUGCGCGAUCUAAAUUGUGCCCAACGGGCUCUUUUCGUCCUCGGAAAAGAAUUCGAAGAACAAACAAAGGCAGCUGAGGACCGCAUUCAAAGCCUAUUAGCUGAUUUAGAACGGCGGAUCAUGGACGGGCAAGAACAAGCUGAUAAGUUUAAGGCCAGGGAGUUGGAGCUUCUUGAUCAGUUACUGCUACUGCAAGAAGUUGCUAGUGAGUACCUUCACUUGCGCAUACGACACCGUCUCUCCGAGAAGACAUGGACUGCUGAGAAGGAAUGCUUUCUAGCGCGGACUGGCCUUCUAGAUUGUCUCUCAUUUCAGCUACCUGGAACAAGACGGGAGCAGGAUUUCUUCGGGGAUUUGGACGACGGGAAAUUGAACGGCGCUCAUAGACGCGAAUGGGAGCUUAGGAAAUUCAUCGAAAAACUAGAAUUUCAAUUCGAUCAGCAGCGUCUACUCGCAGUUCAGUGUCGCGAACGGGUUUUAGAAGUCGAGGAAAAGAAUCGUCACAUUCUGGAGGAAUGCAAUAAAUCAAGGAAAAUUUUCACGGAUAAAAUCCGAAAACUUAAGGAAAUAAAUCAGCUAUGCGUUCGAAGGUACAAAGCUUUGGAGCAAAGGAAAAAGUUAGAGGUUGAAGGUUAUCGCACAGACAUAGGUGCGUUGAAAAAGAAACUCAUCGAAACCGAAGCGAGAUUUCGACAGGUCUCUACGAUGGCCGAGACAGAUGCAAUGCCUUUGGCAAAAAACGUGAGCGGCCGCAGCGCGUGGAUGGCCUUCAAAUCGAGUGCAAACAUAGCACCUAACAGGAACCUGAAUGAAGAGAUUAGGAGACUAAGACGAUUAAUGCUGACUUUGAAUGACGACUUUUGUUGA